AUGGCCAAAAUGCUGCUGAAACAAUAUUCCCUCUUCUCCGUUCUGAUCACCCUCUUCCUCCUCUCCAUUCUACUUUCCGAGGCUAGAUUAAUGUCAUCGCAUCCUUUCUCCGCCAAACUGUCGGCAAAAGCUAUGGCGCUGAAGAAUGAGAAGCUGACCCACCUCCAUUUCUACUACCACAACCUCCUUGCCGGCCCAAACGUCACGGCCCUGCCUCUCAACCCUAAAGGUCCUCUAGAUUUCAACGACCCGGCCGGUUUGUUUGGGCGGUUAACCAUGGUGGAUAACCCUUUGACGUUGGAACCAGAGCUCAACUCCACCACGGUGGGACGCGUUCAGGGGCUAUACGGCGUCGCUUCCAGGACCGACGUGGCUUUUGUGGAGUUAGUCAACUUUGUGUUUACGGCGGAUGGUGAGUACCGAGAAAGUACCGUCACUGUGUUGGGACGCAACCCCAUACUUGCUGCCGGGAUAAGGGAGAUGCCGGUCGUCGGAGGCACCGGAGUGUUCGGGUUCGCACGUGGAAAGGUUCAUUUCAAAACGUAUUCCUUUGAUACUACGACUGGAAACGGGGUCGUGGAGUGCGACAUCUACGUUUUUCACUAUUGA